UAAUCAGACCCCCCAGGAUUAAAAAUAGUCUUUCUAGCCGUCGUAACAAUCAAGCGCUCCUAGACGAUCACGGCACCGCGCCUCCACCGCCUCCGGCUGGAAAGUGGUAGCGAAAGCGCAAAAUUUGCAUAGGAAUAGUCAUGGUGAAAUCGGUAGAGAACGGAGUGCCGGUGAAGCCGUUCCUGCUCAAGUGCUACGAGAUGGUGGACGACGAAUCAACGGACGCCUUGAUUUCGUGGAGUCGGAGUCAUCAACCCUCCUCCCGGGAUUCCACCGGCGACAACAGCUUCAUCAUCUGGGACGUAUCAGGAUUCAGCUCUCAAUUGCUCCCCAAAUACUUCAAGCACUCCAAUUUCUCGAGCUUCGUUCGCCAGCUCAACAUCUAUGGUUUCAGGAAAAUUGACACAGAUCUCUGGGAGUUUGCAAAUGAUAAAUUUGUAAGAGGUGAAAAGCAGUUACUGGUGAGCAUUGUUCGAAGAAAGAACUGCCAGAAUUUAGUGCCACCGCAACAAGAAGGGACUGAAUCGUCAACGCUCGAAGACGGCAGAACCCAUAAACUAUUGAAGGAAGUUGAAAUCCUCAAGACUGACAAGAACACGCUCACGCAGCAACUGAUUAAGCUCAGACAGCACCUACAGAACUCGCAACGCAAGCUGUUGCUUCUAAGAGAACAGAUGAAGGGUAUGGAGAAGAAACAGCUGCAGAUGCUGUCGUUCAUAGUGUUGGCCAUGCAAAACCCCGGAUUCUUGGUCCAAUUCUUGCACCCGAUAGAGAACAAUUGGAUCGUUGAAGAAGAGCCGGAACCUGAUGCUCUACCGACAGAGGGGUGUGGGCCCACCACCCCCUCGGACGGAACAAUUGUUAAGUAUCAGCCGCCAUGGUUGCAGCAUCAGCAAGUGGGCAUUUGGUCAGAUGGUAUUGAAGAAAAUGACAGCCAGGUGACAGGUGAGAUCAUGUUGAGAACCAACCAUGCCGGCGAGGACCUUUCGGACUUUUCGCUAGAGGAAGAUGACAUGAACAUCAUUCAAGAUGUAUUCAGGAAUAUGGAUUUCUGUGUGGGGCCAUCCGACAACGAGGGGCUUCUUGCUUCGGAAAGCGUCGACCCGAUUGUGAUACCGGAUGGGGACGAUAUGAUGGAGAUGCUGCUGUCCGGUCCGGUCCUAGAUAGAGAAGAAAGUAAUGGAAGGUGUGAGAAGGAAGAAGGUGGAGAUGGUGAAGGGGGUGAGUUUGAUUUUGAGGGCAUGGAUAAGCUAACAGAACAAGUGGGUCAUGUUACAAAGUUUUGAUUUUUGGCUCUCUAUUGAAACUUUCUUUUCUGAAUUUUCUUAGCUAGUGUUUGAGAACUUAUAUUGAUUUAAACUCUAAAGUUGAAUUCUUGAAUAAAUAGUCUAAGCUAAAAAUACUUAAUUCAAGUAUCAUUCUAUAAAUAGUCUAAUCUUUA